CGGGACAGCCCCGGGGCCAGAAUUGGGCCCCGGGAAGUGGGGAGCACCUCGGGGUCCGAAGUGCUGCGUGACAGGGGAGACUGGACAAGAUGGACCUAUGGUCUGAGCCAGUAAAGGGCAGUUUUUGUCCUCUUCUGAGACUUAUCUCAGUUGAGAUUGAACACAAACGCCCUGGAAAUUUGGGCCCAACUUCAAAGUCAUCAUUUCAGAUUGGGGUUAUCAUCAUGGACAAAUCUGGAGCAAUAGAUUUCUGUGCUUUGGAGAGAGAACUACAGGCUGCUGUUGCUGCUGAUGAAAAGUACUGGAGAGAAAAUGAUGCCAAAUUCCGAGCUGUUCACCAGAAGGUGGCGUCCUAUGAAGAAUUUAGGGAUAUUGUGCGGGCAUCACACCUGAAGCCCCUGGAGAAAAAGGAUAAAUUUGGAAAAAAGAAAAACCUACUGUGGAAUUCCUGUGCAACCCAAGCUAAGUGCCAGCAGAACAGUGAGGUGGAAAUAGCCCAGGGGUUGGACCGAUUACCUGAAACCUCUACAGAAUUCUACAGAGAUUGGCGCAGAUGCUUAAAAAGUGGGCAAGAAAAAUACCGGUUCCUACUGCAGCUCGGAGGCACAGGCCUGGGCAGAAUCUUUCAAGCGGAUCUCGGCUUUGGCCUCCUGGGUGAGUUCCUCAGGGUGUUGGCAGAGAAUGUCUGUGGUGAAGACAGAGAAGCCACCCUGCAGAUCUUACAGAGCCUUUCAGAGACUAAGCGCUUUGGGCUCAAUGUGGAUCUCCUGAGCCAGGUGGAAAAGGAGAGCAGUAGGGACUUGUUUGAGAAACUGAAGAGCAUGAACAGAAAUUAUAGCACUUGUGGGCUUUCUGUUGGCAAAGCCAAGGCAGGAUCAGAAACUCUAGGGGAAGAACCAAGAGAAGCUGAGAGUGAAAUGCUUCUCCAGGGGUGUGGCCUGGGGAAGGAGGCAGAUGAGAGGAGGCUGAUGGAGCUGAUGAAAUGUUACCAACUCAUGUGAAGGAGCACAGGCUCACUGCAAGGGUGUUUGGGAGCAGAGUCCAGAGUAGGGAUCCUUCAGCUCCGCUCUCCGAUCAAAGAUCACAGGACUCUUAGGGUACAUGACACCUUGUCCCUAGCAUGUCCGAAGAGGAAUGGUUCCAAAUACAGUCUACCCGCCAGUUACUUGCAUUCACUGGGCCUGGAAACACAGUGGUGAAGCUGCUUUAAGGGACUUCCAUGCAGCCAUUGUCAAGCACCCCAGAGACCAAGGUCUUGAGAGUGGCCAUGUGAGUAGACAUCUCUAAGCAGCUGCGCUACCGAAUUUCUGUGCCCAGUGCACAUGAGUGGGUCUGUGUGGGCUUGGGGGUAUCCUUCCCUGAACAUGCAAGGGACCUGGUGUAGACAUACCCUGAGAAUUCCUCUCUGUAGAGUGUUGCCGAUCUAAUCCUCUCUGUAUCUGUCUUAGUACCUAGCUUAGUUGCUUACCCCAGUACAAAUAAAUGUUAGUUACAGAAAGAAUGGUAUUGCAGGAAUUGGGAAAGUGCCAUGCACAGAAAGGAAUCCUUGCUAUAAAUAGGGAAUAAUCAGUAGAUUAUCUGAGGACAAAGCUAUAAGGGAGUCUUUGUGGUAUUAGUAGGGUAAAAAAUAAAAUCAAAAUCAAUUCCUCA